CAAUUCUUCCCUUUGCGUCAGCGUCACACACCUUCCUAUUUCAAAGCCUUAUUCUUUUGUGGGUGGUGUUGCACCGGGAAAUUAACGUGAAUUCUGUGUAUCUGCGGGAGUGGGGUUUGAGGUGGGCCGGUUGCUGGUCAAUGAAGAAUCUUCAAUAAAAGAGAACUUGGGAGGAGUCAAACUCAAUCUUCUCAUCUUUACAUUAAAACCAUACAAAUCCACAGGGGGCGGGUCUCAAAGAAUCUUCUCUUCUUGUGCCCAUAGUUAUACGAGCCCUGCUUCUCUUAAUUGAGAAACUUCUUCAACUGUUAAAACCCUGUAAAACACAUCAAAUUCUGAAAUGGAUUCUAGUCUUAGAUGUUAUGGAUAUUUGUUGCUUUGGUGCUUCUUGAUAACGGGCUAUUGCUUUUCUGUCUUCAGUUUGGCGGCAAGUAGAAUUACAAGAGGUCAAUCAAUAGGAGAUGGAGAAACCAUGAUUUCAGAAGGUGGGAGAUUCGCGUUGGGAUUCUUUGGUCCUCAAGGAUCAGGUUCUCGGUAUGUGGGGAUAUGGUACCAAGAAGUUGGAAAUGAAUCGGUUGUAUGGGUGGCAAAUAGAGAAAGGCCAAUCUCAGGGAAUGGUGGAGUAUUAACCAUUGGAAAUGAUGGUAAUUUAAUGGUUAUGGAUGGGAAUGGCGAUGUGGUCUGGUCAACCAAUCUAUCAGUUCGAUCAAGUAAUUCUACUGCUGUUCUCAUGGACACCGGCAAUCUUGUUUUAUUUGGAAGUGAAAAUUUAAGUAGGGGCCUCUGGCAGAGCUUUGAUCAUCCAACAGAUACAUAUUUGCCAAACAUGAAAGUUUACAUGGAUGUGCGAGGAGAAGAAAGACGUGUUUUCACUUCUUGGCGAAGUGCUUUUGAUCCUUCACCAGGAAACUAUUCUAUGGGUAUUGAUCCUCGCUGGUCACCACAGAUAGUGAUAUGGGACGGGGCUAACCGACGGUGGAGAAGUGGGCACUGGGAUGGACUCACAUUUACAGGGGUUCCAGGCAUGAAAACUUCUAUACUAUCUGGUUUUAGGCUAUUAACUGAAGCCGAUGUUGUUGGAAAGGCAUACUUCAUUUAUUCCCAAUCGAAUGGUUCUGAUUUAAUUAAGUUUAGGAUAAACUGGGAAGGAAUCCAAAGGCUGGAAAGUUGGGUCGAUGAACGCAAGGAGUGGAGCCUUACACAAUUGCAUCCUGGUGACGAAUGCGAUAGGUAUAACCAUUGUGGACCUUUCGGAAAAUGUAAUGAGGUGGAGGUGCCGAAAUGCAGUUGUAUGGAAGGAUUUGUGCCUAAGGAUACUUAUCAGUGGAGCAGAGAGAACUGGUCCGGUGGGUGUGUUAGGCAGACAAAUUUACAGUGCAUGGAGAACAACAGUCUAUCUGUCAACAAGGUCAACGAUGAUUUUGUGACGGCUACAAACGUGAAGUUGCCUGAUUAUGUGGAUUAUGUGGGACGAGAGGACAUUCAACAAUGUCAAAAUAUGUGCCUUCAGAACUGUUCUUGCACCGCCUAUGCUUUUCUUGAAAGAAUUGGAUGCAUGAUAUGGUACCGGGACUUGGUUGACGUUCAACAAUUUCAGGCGGAAGGGAGCACUUUGUUCAUCCGGCGUGCACAUUCAGAACUUGUGGCAGGGGACAAGAGUCAUGUAACCAAAAUUGUUAUCAUAACAAUUGUCAUAGCCGGUUUGCUUCUUGUUUGUGUCUCAAUUUGGUUGCUCGUGAAGCGCAAAACAAAGUGCAGCGAGAUCUUACACAGAAAUGAAAUGCCCAAAGUUGGUCCAAGUGGAGAAUUUUCAACUGAUUUCUCCGGCCCUUGUGACCUUGGUGUUGAAGGGCAGAAACCAACUGGAAAUGAACUAGCCAUGUUCAACUUCAACCAUGUGGCAGCAGCUACGAACAACUUCUCCAGUGAGAAUAAACUCGGACAAGGAGGAUUUGGACAUGUUUACAAGGGCACGCUACCAGGGGGCCAACAAAUAGCCGUGAAAAGGCUCUCACGGAAAUCUGGUCAGGGGUUAGAGGAGUUUAAGAAUGAAAUUAUGCUAAUUGCCAAACUACAGCACAGGAAUCUAGUCAGACUGUUGGGCUGCUGCAUUGAGGGAGAAGAAAAGAUGCUACUGUAUGAGUACAUGCCCAACAAAAGCCUGGAUUCUUAUCUUUUUGAUACUGAUAAGAAAGCCCAACUAGCCUGGAGUAAGCGCUUUAGUAUAAUUGAAGGGAUUGCGAGAGGGCUUGUCUAUCUGCACCGGGACUCGAGGCUUAGAAUAAUACACAGGGACCUGAAAGCCAGCAACAUUCUGUUGGAUGAAGAGAUGAACCCAAAAAUUUCAGAUUUUGGCAUGGCCAGAAUAUUUGGAGGGAACCAAAAUGAAGCAAACACAAACAGGGUUGUGGGCACAUAUGGUUACAUGGCUCCCGAGUAUGCUAUGGAAGGCCUGUUUUCCCUGAAAUCUGAUGUCUAUAGCUUCGGAGUAUUGCUCCUGGAGAUCAUAUCUGGCAGAAGAAACACUAGCUUCCGCUCUACAAAGUACUCAAAUAUCAUUGGAUAUGCAUGGGAUCUUUGGGAUAGAGGCAGAGCAAUGGAAUUAGUAGAUCCUUCAAUCUCAAAUUCAUGCUCCGAGGAACAAGUAGUAAGAUGCGUGAAUGUAGGGUUGCUGUGUGUGCAAGACAUGGCGGAUCACAGGCCCAACAUGCCGACUGUUGUAUUGAUGCUGGAGAGCGAGAAGGCUACCUUGUCUUUGCCCAAACAACCCACUUUUACAUCAAUGCGACAUAAUCUAAAUGCCGAUAUGUGGAACGAAAUUCAAGAUGCUGUAUCCUCAAACAGUGUGACCAUUACUGCAAUUCUUGGUCGAAGAGAAACACUCCGCCUGGAAAAAAUGAGAAACAUCGCUAAGCACCACCCUGUCGUCCGUGUUUCCUGUUUCAUCAUUGCAUUAACUACUUUCUUCCCGCUGCUCUCCACAUCAAUUGAUCUCAUCACUCCAACCCAAUUCCUCGACAAAGACCAGACCUUAGUCUCCGCCGGACAAGAGUUCGAGCUUGGCUUCUUCUCCUACGCCAGAUCAAAUAAUUGGUACAUCGGAAUAUGGUACAAGAACAUCGAACAGAGAACUAUUGUUUGGGUUGCUAACAGAGAUUCACCUCUCAGAAAUUCAUCAGGAAUCUUGAAAAUUAGCCCUGAUGACGGCAACCUACUUCUGGUAGAUGAAGCAGGGAAAUCCGUAUGGUCAUCAAAUCACUCCGGCAUGGCCAAGAACUCUGUUGCAGAAUUACUGGACAAUGGAAACUUCGUUGUCCGCCCAGAAAAUGAACAAGACCCAGAAAACUACCUCUGGCAAAGCUUUGAUUAUCCCACCAACACAUUGUUGCCGGGUAUGAAGAUGGGUUGGGACUCGAAAACGGGCCUAAAUCGAUACAUAACGUCCUGGAAAAGCGCUGAUGAUCCUUCCUCCGGUGACUACAGCUUCCAGAUCGACGUCAAUGGGUUUCCCGAGAUAUAUUUGAUGAACAAAGAGAGAAUAUAUUAUCGAAGUGGACCAUGGAACGGGCUAAGAUUUAGCGGCGUCCCAGAAAUGAAAUCAAGUACACUUUUCUCCUUCCUAUUCGUGAUGGAGCCAGAUGAAGUCUCUUACUCCUUCGAUGUGAGUAAUAAAUCAGUUUAUUCAAGAUUGAUGGUGAAACACUCUGGCGAGCUACAACGAUUCAUCUGGAUUCCCGCCACCAAAAUCUGGAGUUUGUUCUGGUACGCCCCUAAAGAUCAAUGCGACCGAUACAGAGAAUGUGGGGUCUACGGAAUUUGCGAUGCUAAUGCUUCGCCUGUUUGCAAGUGCAUACAAGGAUUCGAGCCAAAAAAUCCACAGGCAUGGAAUUUGCGAGAUGGAUCGGACGGGUGCUUUCGGGUAAGCAAAUUGGACUGCAGAAGUGAUGGGUUUUUGACGUUGAAUCAUGUGAAAUUGCCGGAGAGCGGGACGGCUUUCGUGGACAAGCAAAUGAAUUUAGAUCAGUGUCAAGAAUUGUGCCGGAAAAAUUGCUCCUGUCGGGGUUAUUCCAACAUAAAUAUCACCGGCGGUGGAACCGGCUGCGCCAUUUGGAUCGACGAUCUUUAUGAUAUGCGGCAGUACGCAGUGGCGGAAGGUGGACAGGACUUCUACGUUCGAGUGCCCGCCGCUGAUUUAGAACGGUCAGGAGCUGUUGGGACAAGAGAUGAUUCUAACAAGACUGGAAAAAUUGUCAUGGCUGUUGGAAUUGCUGUUGGGGUUUUGCUAGUUGGAUUGGCAGUUUUCUUUGUAUGGAAGAGGGGAAAAUCAAGAAGCGCAAAGAAAAAUAUCAUAGAGCAUAGAGGUCCGAGGGAAAGAAGUCAAGACUUUCUGUUGAAUGUAGCAACUAUACCAAACAAAAGAGAUCACUCUGGUGAGACUGCAGCGGAUGAGUUAGAUUUACCGUUAUUCGAUCUCAGUUCUCUGUUAAUUGCUACGGACAACUUUUCCAAUGCAAAUAAGCUAGGUCAAGGUGGUUUUGGCUGUGUUUACAAGGGCAUGCUUGUGGAAGGCCAGGUGAUAGCAGUGAAGCGGCUGUCGAAAAAUUCUGGCCAGGGAAUAGAUGAAUUCAAGAAUGAAGUGAAGUUGAUUGCAAGACUCCAGCACAGGAAUCUUGUUCGUCUACUUGGCUGCUGCAUCGAAAUGGAGGAGAAGAUGUUGGUAUAUGAGUACAUGGAGAAUAAGAGCCUGGAUUCUAUUUUGUUCAAGAAAGAUAAAAGUUCAAUGCUCGACUGGGAAAGGCGGUUCAACAUCAUAUGUGGGAUAGCACGAGGUCUUCUCUAUCUUCACCAGGACUCGAGAUUCAGAAUUAUUCACAGGGAUCUCAAAGCCAGCAACAUUCUACUUGAUAAAGAAAUGAACCCUAAAAUAUCAGAUUUUGGCAUGGCAAGAAUAUUUGGAGGAGAUCAGACAGAAGCAAACACAAAAAGAGUCGUUGGAACAUAUGGUUACAUGUCCCCUGAAUAUGCAAUGGACGGCCUCUUCUCCAUAAAAUCUGAUGUUUUCAGUUUUGGAGUGCUCGUGCUGGAGAUAGUGAGCGGGACGAAAAACAGGGGAUUCUAUCAAACAAAUAACCACCUUAAUCUUCUUGCAUACGCCUGGAAAUUGUACAGGGAAGGAAGAGGAUUGGAGCUGAUGGAUACAGCAGCAGGUGAAUCUUAUUCGGCAAGUGAAGUAAUGAGAUGCAUACAAGUCGGCCUCUUGUGCGUCCAAGAGCACGCAGAAGAUAGACCGAACAUGUCAACUGUAGUCCUGAUGUUAAGCAGCGAUUUUGUAUCAAUGCCACAGCCUAAGCAUCCAGGAUAUUGCCUGGGAAGGCGGCCUGCUGACACUGAUUCGUUUUCCAGUAAACCAGAUGAAUCAUGCACCGUCAACCAAGUCACUGUAACUAUGCUAGAUGGUCGAUAG